AUGGCAAAGAAGUCGAGAGAGACGAGAAAGCGGCAGCUCGAGUUCGAUCAACAGAGAGAAAAGGAACAGAAAGAAAAGCUGCAAAAGAAGAAGGAAGAGAAGUCCUUGAAAAUGAAGGUUGAUUCCAAGUCUGGUGUGGCCAAGAAGAAGAAAGCUUCUAAAUAUCAACUUCGGGUGCAGAAGAAGCUCCAGCUUAAAAUAGGAAAGCGUGCGGCGCACAAACAGAUAAAGGAAUCUGCCAAGGCCUUGAUGGACAUAGAAUAA